UAUAAAGAUAGCACGCAUUACUUUGUGAUGACUGCAAAGAAACAGAGUCUUUUGGAUAAGGGUGUCAUCAUUAAUGAUUUUAUUGAUACUGAAAUGCUGCUGUGCAUGGAAAAUGUAGACCAAAACAAUCUAUUGUCGUAUGCAAGAGAAGCUGCCGACUUUGCGACUGAUUAUCAACUGCCUGCCUUAGAUUUUGCAAUUAAUCACUAUGGGCAACCAGAUGUGGCCAUGUUUGAUUUUACUUCUAUGUAUGCCUCGGAAAAUGCUGCAUUAGUACGUGAGAGGCAUCGACAUCAACUGUUGGUUGCUCUUGUUGGAGACAGUUUGGUAGAGCCGUUCUGGCCAAUGGGUACCGGUUGUGCAAGAGGAUUCCUAGCUGCAUUUGACACAGCGUGGAUGGUGAAAAGCUGGGCACAAGGAAAGCCCCCUCUUGAUAUCCUAGCAGAAAGGGAAAGUAUUUAUAGACUCUUACCUCAGACAACACCUGAAAAUAUCACUAAGAAUUUUGACCAAUACACUAUUGACCCUGCCACACGAUAUCCAAAUUUGAACUCAAGUUGUGUUCGGCCACAUCAGGUGAAACAUUUAUAUAUUACAAAUGAACUGCAGCCAUGCCUAUUAGAAAGAACAAAUACCAUUAGAAGAUCAAUUGGCCUUUCAAAACAUGAAUAUGACAUAAGGCCCAACAAACUUUUAACCUGGUGUCAGAAACAGACGGAAGGAUACAAGAAUGUGAACGUCACAGAUCUCACUAGUUCGUGGAAAAGUGGCCUUGCCUUAUGUGCAAUUAUGCAUCAUUUCAGACCUGACCUCAUUGACUUUGAUUCCCUGAAUGAAGAAGACGCAGUCGAAAACAACCAGCUGGCAUUUGAUAUUGCUGAACGUGAAUUUGGAAUUCCUCCUGUCAUAACUGGGAAAGAAAUGGUGUCUGCUGGGGAGCCUGAUAAACUCAGUAUGGUCAUGUAUCUCUCAAAAUUCUAUGAGCUAUUUAGGGGGACACCUCUCAGAGCAGUGGGUACUGUGACAAAGCAAAAUGGAGAAAGAAUUGAUCCUUGUUCAGCAAAAUCAUCCAAUUUUGUCCGUAAUAAUCACAUAAACUUGACAUUUCCAAGGAAGAGAAUACCAAAAGCGGAAGAAAAUGAAACCAGUAAAAGGCGACGCAAAAGUCUCAUCAGUUUUGAGGAGUCUUCAAACCAUCUAAAUCAAGAAAGAAAUUUUAGUAAUCAAGCAAGGGAUUUGAAAGAAACAAUAAAUCGAAACAGAGUGAAAUCGAUGGCAACGCAGCUCUUAGCCAAGUUUGAAGAAAAUGCGCCCAGUGUUUCAUUAAGGAGACAGGAGCCGGUAAAAAGAUCAGGCUUAUUUCUUCCUUCUGAAUCUCCUAUAAAUCCCCACUUUGCUAAACCCAAAGAGACAACUGAUAAUCUGCCAUCUCCAUCAAAGAAACAGAUACCUUUUGUUGGAAGAGAGGCCACUGGUUUCCUCUGCAGCGUUUCCCAGUCUCAGGCCAUAGCUAAGAUGGACUGCACUGUCAGGAAACCCUUGCAGCCUUUGUCUGAUGAGCUACCGUUGGCCAAGCCCUUGAGAUGCAUAGAACCAAGUGAGCUGAAGUCUAGAGUCUCUGAAACGCUUGCCUCUUCCUGUCCUGCUGCCCUUGCACUCUCUGGUGUGCUUCAGCGCCUUCAGGAUGUGGAGGAAAAAAUUAAUCAGAAAAAAGCUCAGUCCAUAGCCAAUAGAGAAUUUCAUAAAAAGAGCAUUAAAGAGAAAGCAGCUCAUCUGGCCUCCUUGUUUGGUUGUGUUGACAUCCCCAAGAUGACAAUAGGGAAGGUGUCUCAUGGAAUAGAUGCCGUAGCACAAAUCCUUGUUAAUCUAUACAAGAAUGAUCACAAGCCAUUACCUGCAUCUUUGCAAUUGGGAUCUUUGAAAAGAGAAUUUCCUCAGACAAUAGGUGGGAGUGAUAUCUGCUAUUUUUGUAAGAGAAGAGUUUAUAUCAUGGAACGAUUGAGCGCGGAAGGCCACUUCUUCCACCGAGAAUGCUUCAGAUGUGUCAUAUGUGCGACCACUCUCCGCCUAGCAACAUAUACCUUUGAUGCAGAAGAAGGUCAUUUUUACUGCAAACUUCAUUUUGCACAAUGUAAAACAAAGAAUACGCAGAGAAAGAAGAGAGCGGAAAUAAAGGAGGAAGCAGGAUUUCAAAGGCAUCAAGAACCCAUGUGUCAAGAAACUAGCUCAGAAAGUGCUUUUGCUACUAGUAGCAGCUCAGAAGACCAGUCGUCAGGUAUCCUGUCUUCAUUCUUUGGGAAAACUCUAUGCUGGCCUCUUAAGGUGACCAGGGAUCUGCUUGAUCUUCCAAGACGCCUCUCUAACUGGAUGCAUGGUUUCCUGCACGCAACCAGACUUCAUUUCAGGGACAAUGCAUACAACUAUAUCUACUUGUAUGAACUCCUAAGCUUUAGCAUGCCAUUCCUUUUUGUGCUUCAGGAGUUACUUGGCCAUUUUUACGGGGAAGUGGAGUUGUCAUAUGAGGAUACGCUUGAAUUGGUGAAGAAUUUUUUCAAGCUUUAAAAUUCUUCUGAAUCUUGGUUGUGCCUUUCAGAUUUCCAAAACAAACAGUUUUUGGGUUUUGCACAAAUAUAAAUAUUUCAAUUCAGUAGAUGCUUUAAAUGAGCCCAGCGCUCCAUGGUGCAAUUGUAAAAUCAUUCAUUUUUUUUAAUUGGAUCAUGAAUAUAAGUGUCCGAAUUCAUUUCCCAACCAUGGAGACGCUAUGAAGGAUAAUUUUAUAGAUUAAAAAAAAAUGUAUGGAUCUAUUUCUAGUUAAAAAACAGAUAUUUCUUUAUGUUUACAUUUUUAUAUUCUUAUUUUAAUGACUGUGAAAGGAGGAACUUUCAUACAUAGGGCAAUAGUAAUUUUUACUAUGUGGUUGUUUUUUUGAAAACUGAAGGUGGCACAUACUUUUUCUACCUUUUGCUUUAUCUAUGGGGCUACUGUCUGCAUCAAUUUUUUUUAAAAAUUCAAAGGUAUACUUAGCCCAUAAUAAUUGUAUUGACGUCUCUUUGAUAAAUCUUUUGUGAAUAUUGGGCAUUUUCUAUAAUAUUUAUGAAUGGAUUCAAAGAGUAAAUAUUAGACAUGAAUUAAUUAAAGUAAACCAAAGUACAGCAAUAGCCUAUAUUUAUUUUUUCUCAAAUCAAGGGGCAAUUUUGUUAAUUUAUAUUAGAGACGACCUAGAGCUGAUAUGGAAGGUAAGAUGUAUCUAUGUUAGAAUACUUUUUCCCAAUCAAUCUUUUGAAAGUUGAAAGGAUCAGAAUAAUAUAAAAAUGGAAUAAUUUGAGAGAAAGAGGGACUGACUUCAUAGAUCUUUUUGACACCAUAGAGUCUCAUAGAAAUUAGGAUAUGGUUGAGAAUUAUAAUAUAUUAACUUGAUAUAAAAGCCACAUUUGACUGAAAGAGAAAAAGUAUAAAUUUAUUUUGCCGUAUAGAAAUUUUACACAGGAGAUAUCUGUGGAUAAAUUUAAGAUAAUUAAUAGGGUCCUUUUAGUUGGCUGUCUUUUUGGCCUACUUUAUCAUUGAAAAACACAUGCUUGUUCUUGGGAAAUAGCUGUAAAAACAAAGUCCCACUAUUAGGCUUGCACAUUCUGUAAAAGGUUCAAAUGAUCAUAGCUGUUGACUCCUGAAACUAAAACCAAUUUGACUUUUGGCUGAGAGAAAAAUAGCUCUCCUGGAAUAUAUGGCUGGUUCUCUCUAUACCCUUCCUGUGGCUAUUCAAUUACAUAAAUAUUAUUUGCAUAAUAGAAUGUUAAUUUGUCAUUAAACAGGAUAAAAACAUUAAACUUCAUAAAACCCAUCACUAAAGAUUUAAUUUAGAGCUAGCCUGUUAAAGGAUUAACUGGUACAUUGGAAUCAUUCUUAAAUAUACAUGCUGUUCUGUUUUAACCUUUAUUCUCAUGAAUUCUUAUUUGGAAAAUUGCCCUAUUUAUUUCACUGGAAUGGAGAGAUGUAGUAUUAAGCACAUUACAUGACAAUAAUCUUUAAUUAAAUGAACAAUGAUGAAAAGAGGCUUUUUUACAUUAUUAUUAUUUUUAAAAGGUUAAUUUUUGCUCUGCUAAAGAUUUGCUUACAUGUAAGAAUAUUUGGUGGUCCUACCAUGAGUUCUCAAAUGCUGUGAUAUUGUGAACCCACUGAAACAGUAAAGGAAUCAAACCAAA